AUGGAGGACCACUACUCCUUCGGAAUCGAGAUCGAGAUGAUCGCGAAGCCAAAACAGGCCGGAUCGCUUUCUCGACCGCAGACGUACUACGUACAGUUCGCGAGCGCUCUCAGGUUGCGAGGAAUCAAUGCUCGAGCCGAUGACCUGAGUUCAAGCUACCGCAAGCGCACCGAAGAAUACACCAGAGGAUGGUGGAUCACGAAAGAUGGGUCUAUCAGUCACACUGGUUCUGCCAUCGCAUUGGGAGCCGUCUCUCCCAUCCUGUUCACGAGCAAAGACUGGGAGGCUGAGAUCGAUGGACUCUGGAAGGCGCAGCUGGAGGUAUUCCGCAUGCCAGAGAAGGCCACCGAGUGCGGAAGUCAUGUGCAUAUCUCACCGGGAACCGCCAGAAUCUGGACUGAUGAGCAGCCACGGAACAUCGCAGUCGGCGUUGCGAGAUAUGAGGAAUAUCUCGCGGAGAUGCUUCCUGUCGCUCGAAGAGAUAACAGCUAUUGUCUCAAAAAUACCGCCAGCUCGACUCGGCUUCGGGACCUCUGCUCUCACGAUUACAGCGGAAGCGCUCUUCUGGCUGCUGCGAAAGACUGCAGUAGGAGCGAACUCAUACAGCUGAUGCAGACCGAUCGCAAAGUAGUCUGGAAUUUCAAGCCGGCUGCGACUGGCGGGAUAGGCACGAUCGAGUUUCGCGGCGGUCGUCAUCUGAGAGGUCCUGUGCGGACGAAGAGGUGGAUCGCUUUCGCGGUGUCGUUUACACACUUCCUCCUCGAAGCGAAAGCGUGUACGCGAGGCCGCUUCCCACCCAUCUACAGCACCCACGACCUCUACAACAGAAUCCGCAGCAGUGCCACCGAUCUCGCCCUACGAAAAUAUCUUCCACUGGACUACAACGUGCUGAACGAGACGAAGCGGACGCCGCAGCCGGUACGGCACGACCUACCUCCGUUCUCUUUCCCUCCGCCAGCGUAUCCUCGCGAGCCACCGCCUGCUUAUACGGCGGGACGUGAUAGAGGCGAGAGAAGCGAGUCAGUACCGGCGUAUUCUAGGCCGAGCUGCAGUCGGCCGAGUUAUAGUCGACCGCACUUCAGUUCAAGCGACCUCGAUGAAUGGGGACCCUGGCCUUUCAACAUCGCCUACUGCGUUUUACGGCUGCUGCAGUUCGUCCUAGGGCUGACGGUUGCGGGCAUCUACGGCCAUGCCAUUGAGGUUGAGGAUGGCGUGAACAUCAGAUUCGGCUUUGCUGAAGUAGUGGCCAUUCCGUCCAUGCUCACGGCGCUGGGGUGUGGUCUCUACUGCUUGUACGAAUUCCACGAUGUAUGGACGAGAAACGCGAAGAGACGGCAGUGGAUGCUCGAGCUAUUUCUCGCGUACGUGCAGGCUCUUGCUAGCCAUCAUCCCUGUGCGGUACUGGUGGGUAACUUGCUGACUUCGUCUACCAGAGCUUUGUGGUUGGUGCUCUUCAUCUGCUCGGCUGCCCUGGAUCUGCCCGAUGAACGGAAUCAGCCUACCUUGGCGCAUACUGUCUGGCUCAUCUUUGUUAAUCUGCUCUUAUGGCUCGUCUCUGCUGGAUCUAGCUGGCUGAUACAUCGACAUUCCGACUGA